ACCACGCUCCGCCGCCUGCCGCCGCUGACUCCUCCCGCCCCACCGCGCCGCGUCGGGCGUCUACACGCGCCAGCCCGCGGUUUGGACGGUACGGGACGGCACGGCCGCCAACCCGUGCGUCCCGUCUCGCCUCCACGCGCAAACCCCCGACCAAACGCCAGCGCCCCCCCACGACCAAAAGGCGAGGGGGGCCAUUCUCCAUGUCGUGCUCGCCGCCGCCUCCUCCCCCUCCUCCGUUUCUUCCCCGCUUCCUCCCCAGCCCCGCCCCACUCCACUGACUGCGCGCCCGCGCCCGAUCGGCCGCCAUGGGAGGCCGCGCCUCCCGCCACCGCGCCCAAUCGCACGACCAGGGCCCCAACACCUCGCAGCAUCACCACCACCAGCAUAACCGCCCGAAGCCCAAGCAGCACCGGCCGCAACCCCCGCCGCCGCAGGCGCCGCAGACCCACGCUCCCCCUCCCGCGCGGCAGCGGCAGCAGCAGCAGCAGCAGCACCCGGACGCCGCCGCGGCGGCCGCGGCCGCCGGGGUGGGCCGGGUGCUGGGGCGCCCCAUGGAGGACGUCCGCGCGGCCUACACCUUCGGGCGCGAGCUCGGCCGCGGCCAGUUCGGGGUCACCUACCUCGCCACCCACAAGGCCACGGGCCGCCGCUACGCCUGCAAGUCCAUCGCGGCGCGGAAGCUCGCGCACCGGGACGACGUCGAGGACGUGCGCCGCGAGGUGCAGAUCAUGCACCACCUCACGGGCCACCGCAACAUCGUCGAGCUCCGGGGCGCCUACGAGGACCGCCACUCGGUCAACCUCGUCAUGGAGCUCUGCGAGGGCGGGGAGCUCUUCGACCGGAUCAUCGCCAGGGGGCACUACUCCGAGCGCGCCGCCGCCGCGCUCUGCAGGGAGAUCGUCUCCGUCGUGCACAGCUGCCACUCCAUGGGGGUCAUGCACAGGGACCUCAAGCCGGAGAACUUCCUCUUCCUCAACAAGAGGGAGGACUCGCCGCUCAAGGCCACUGACUUUGGCCUAUCGGUGUUCUUCAAGCCCGGUGAGCAGUUCAGGGAUCUUGUGGGGAGUGCGUAUUAUGUCGCCCCAGAGGUGCUGAAAAGGCGAUAUGGAGCUGAGGCAGACAUAUGGAGUGCCGGAGUUAUCCUUUACAUCCUGCUAUCUGGUGUUCCUCCUUUCUGGGCCGAGAAUGAAGAUGGCAUAUUUGACGCUGUUUUGCGAGGCCAUAUUGAUUUCGCAUCUGAUCCCUGGCCUUCAAUUUCCAAUAGUGCCAAAGAUUUGGUCAAGAAAAUGCUACGGCAAGACCCAAAGGAGCGGCUUACUGCUGCUGAAAUUUUGAACCAUCCAUGGAUUAGAGAGGAUGGAGAAGCACCAGACAAACCACUUGAUAUUACAGUAAUUGGUAGAAUGAAGCAGUUCAGGGCAAUGAACAAACUUAAGAAGGUUGCCUUGAAGGUUGUUGCAGAGAACCUGUCAGAAGAAGAGAUUGUGGGAUUAAAAGAAAUGUUUAAAUCCCUUGAUACUGACAACAGUGGGACAAUAACCCUGGAGGAAUUAAGAACUGGUUUACCAAAGCUAGGCACCAAAAUUUCUGAAUCAGAAAUAAGGCAGCUGAUGGAGGCGGCUGAUGUUGAUGGAAAUGGUACCAUUGAUUAUGUUGAAUUCAUAUCAGCAACAAUGCACAUGAACAGACUAGAGAAGGAGGAUCACAUAUAUAAGGCAUUUGAGUAUUUUGAUAAGGACCACAGCGGGCACAUAACAGUUGAUGAGUUGGAAGAAGCUCUGAAGAAGUAUGAUAUGGGUGAUGAGGCAACAAUUAAAGAAAUUAUUGCUGAAGUGGAUACAGAUCAUGAUGGGAGAAUCGACUACCAAGAGUUCGUUGCCAUGAUGAAGAAUAACAGCCCCGAGAUUGUUCCAAAUCGGCGGCGCAUGUUUUAACGCUCGCCUACAUUUAUUGUAAAAACGGCUUCUUCGAAAUUUUCCACGGUCUUUGUAACUGUUGAGGAGAGCAAUACCUACUCCAAGUGGAAUUUAGUUAGGCAUCUAUGCUGAUAUUCCAUACUUGGACGGGGUGGCUCUCCCCUCGUGUGCCCUUCAGUAUGGAUGGUUGGUGGUUCUUUCUGGUGCCUCCUUGUUCUAUCAUCUCACUUUACAAUUUUGCCAUGUAUCUAUCCAUAAUGGGGUGUGCCUUCUGGUCAAAGUUUCCUGCCCCUGUAACUUUUAUGUAAGAAAAGGGCAUGUAAAACAGUUUCAAAUGAUCAUAUCAGGCAAAAGUAAUGAAGUGCCAUCCAAUCUUGUGUUUUUUGCCA